AUGUUCCAGUGCCUAACUGCUAUUGAAUCGCCAAUUACAUUCCAAUCCCCGCCUCUCUUCAAAGAUGGGGAGAUCACAAAUGUCCCUCGCGGUACUAUGGAUAUUGACCACCUCCUGCGCAUCCCCGAUACGAACUCUGCAAUCUUCUGGAUAUUUGAACUCGUCGGUCUUCAACUUCGGGGAUCGUCCAUUGCCUGGACAAGGCUCUUCGUUUGCGAUUUUGCCGCCAAAGACUACAUUGAUCAGCAAUUGCCGCUUUCCGUUGACGAUGAUCAGCUGCGCCCAGGCUGUGGGAUGGACUCAACAGAAAGUGGUCCUCCGAUUACAUCAGCCCCAGUUGCGCAAUUCAAGUUCAAUGAAGACUUGUCCGAAUGGCGAGAGCCAAUUUCCUACCUUCUUGACACGGUCGGAUCUUCAGCCUUCCUCUCUGGGCAUGUUCAAGAAAAUGGCAGUGGGCGAUUGAGGCAGGAGGAGAUUCGGAAAAAUGUUCAGCUUUGCGUGGACGCCGCCACAAAGAUCACGAAGCACGUCAACUACAUCAACGAAGCCGGCGAGCUCUACAGUACGUUGUUUAUCGUCCCGUAUUACGGAUUCAGUGCAGUGGUUAUACUCUACGUUUUCGCAACCCAGCGACGUACCGAGACACCAGAGACCUGCAUGGAUUGCUUCCGUCUUGCUUCUCAAUGCCAUGCUCAGAUUGGAAGUAUUGCAACCAAUGGAUCACUUAUGCAGCGCUACGGUGUUGUCCUCCAAGAAUUGCGCCUCGAGGUCCUGCGGAACAACACGUGUCUCGCGCCUAUCUCAAAUCCCCGAGCUGGAAAUUGUUUGACAUCAAAUGAGAACAACGAGAUCCUUCCUGUGCCAUACCGGAGGUCUCAAUUACGUCCCGAGGGUGGUACUAGCGGAUCGAGACUUGCUGUUGAACAAGCUGCCGAGGGCGCGCCUUUCUGCCGAUCCUUUCCGUGCUUUUCACGUCGGACUCUUCAACAUGAUAAACUGGGCACAAUUCGAUUCAUUGAUAAGUCACAGGUGGGACUGGAAAUUUUGAUGCGUUGGUUCACGACGACUCCGCCGAUCUUUGGGGCCACGGCAGCGACUAUCAAUCGAGAGAACGGUGGUGUCCGGGGAAGGGAGAUACCUGGUGCUUGGUGGCGGGAGUACCGUGCUCAGAUCAUCUGUGUUGAGGGAAAGCGUCGCAAAAGUCGUGUCGACAUGAGGCCACCGCCGGGUGCCUGGCAUCUGUUCAUGCGGGGUGAUGGUCCCACGGAGACCGGCCGGAGUCGAUUGUCACGGGUAAAGACUUCCUGGGAAUGCCAUUUUAGAAUGACAAAGCACAUUACUUCGGGCCCCGGCUUUCCCGAAUGCAAGAACAUCUACCUCCAAUAUGUGCCAAGAGGGCUACUGGAGGCAGAUAGGGAAUAUGAAGUCCAAGACCCCCACAAGUUGAAGUUGGCAAGCUCAUCAUUCUCAAGUCGGAACAUUCAUGGUGUUCACAGCUGCCUGGACCAGUUCAUUGACCGGCGCCGUGUUCUGUGGAACCCCGAAUUUCGCUUCUCAGGAGGAGAGGGUUUUCCACAUGGCCUCGAGUCGCAUGCCUCAACUAUGCAGACCUGCACCCACUGGAUGGCUCGCCAUAGCGCGACGGACAGUUUCGUCCCAAUGAACUGGGUCACCGCUCAUAAGAGCCAUCAGACAGUCAACGGGAUUUCCUAA